CGUCAGCUUGUUGGUCACUGUCAUGUGGUAAUCGUAUUAUGGGUUCGAGCUAUCUCAGUAAACCUGCGACGAAAAAGACGUCUCGCGACGAGGAGGCUGCAAACUGGCGCUGCGGCGUCUCUUCCAUGCAAGGAUGGCGUGUAAACAUGGAGGAUGCGGACAGAGUUGUUAGAGACAUGGGAGACGGUACGUCAUAUUUUGGCGUAUUCGACGGCCACUGUGGUAAAGAGGUCGCUCUGUAUGUCUCAAAGUAUCUCCACCAAUACAUCAGAUCAUUACCAUCUUACACUGCCAGUCUACAUGAAGCUGUCAUCAACGGCUAUCUGAACGUUGAUCAGAGUCUUCUCACACCCAAAGGCCAGAGAGAGCUAAAAUUCCUCAAGUGCAAUCCGACAUCUCAGGCUUCAGCUGCAACCAGCGAUUCCGAUUCAUCGGAUGACGAGUGUAAACCUCUGAAAGCACAACAUUAUUUUCAUGGAAUGAAUGUGGGAUCAACGGGAGUCACUGCUCUUGUUCGAGAUGAUUUACUGGUGGUUGCUCAUGUUGGUGACUCGAGGUGUGUUUUGUGUCGAGGCGGAAUUGCCAUCGCGAUGACCAGUGAUCAUAAACCAUGGAUGGAAGGAGAGAUGGAUAGAAUAAGGAAAGCUGGUGGAAAGGUCUGUGGGAAUAGACUGUAUGGAAGAGGACCGUUGAAUUUGGAUGUUUCAAGGACGUUUGGUGAUCACAGUCUGAAGCAGAAUGGGUUACUUGGAUCAGAAGAUCAGAUUGUGUCUGUGAUGCCUGAUGUUCGACAAGAAGUGCUGACCAGAGAAGACGAGUUCCUUGUGCUUGCUUGUGACGGAAUAUGGGACCAAAUGACCAAUCAGCAGUGCGUCGAUUUUAUUCGUGAUCGUCUGCUCGAAGAUCCAGCUACACGCCUGUCAAGCAUCUGUGAAGAGUUGAUGGAUUGCUGUUUGUCACCCGAGUCACCUCAACACGGUGCUGCAGGAUGCGACAACAUGACUAUCAUGCUGGUGCAGCUUACAACGGGGAAGAGGGAAGGUGGUGCUUGCUAAUUUGGAGCUUAUAUUGUCAAGGUGGAGUGAAGAUGUAUACGUAUGUAUAACGGAUUUCUGUUGAUUACUUUGGAUGGAAUGAGAUGACUAUAUUUUUGUGUUAUGUGAUGGAAUGGAUUCGUGUAGUUGA